GCCUCCAACAAGCCAUACACGAAGGAGGAGGAGGAGAAGAUGGCCGCCAUCUUGCAAGAGAAGAAGGAGAAGAAGGAGGCCAAGAAGAGGGCCUUGAAAAAGGAGCAGGCGGCCAAAUUGAAAAAGAUUGAGGAAGAAGUGGCAAGAGAGAUUAAAGAAGGAGGAAGAGGAGAAGCUGAAAGAGGUGGAAGAGGAAGAGGAAGAGGAUGAAACGCCACUGCAGAGGAAGAAAGGGCAGUACAGUGGUAGUAGAGACGAGGAGAUGGAGAAACGGAUUUCGGAGUGGGUCGCCAACUUAUCCUUGGGCGAAGAAGAAGAGGUGGCGAUGUAUAUAACCAAGGAUGACCAGGAGGCCGCUAUGAGAGCAUGGGAAGCAGAAAAGGAUGUGCUGAAGCGGCAGGCAAUGGAGGAUGAGCAGCGAAUGGAGUGGAAACUCGCGAUGAUGAGAGAGAAGAAGAGGAGGGUGGAGGCGGCAAGCGAGGCGGUCAAGGAGUUAGAAGAAGUGCAGAAACUAAGUCUAAAGUUGACUCCUCAGGUGGACCUCGAACGAAAGGUAGAGAUUCUCGCCCAGAGCGUCGAGCGUUUAGCAAGGGUGCAAGAACAACAAUACGAGUUUAGUCGAAGUCAGGACAUAGCUGUGCGCUCGAUGCGAAUGGGAUUCCGGGACUUUGCUCGCGAGAUGAUAGGAGCCGUAGGAGCCGAGGUGAAUCAUCGCCUCGAGAAGACUGAGCGUUUUUGCGUCGGCGCCAUUGAAGGCGUCAAAGUGGCAGCUCCCAAGGAGGAGGAACCACGCCCGCCGCGUAGAGAGCCAGUCAAAGUCAAAUUCCCUUAUUCCUAUAGUGGAAAACGGGAAGAGAACUUUGAGAAUUGGGAGGCCAACGUCAAGACCUAUGUGCAUCUGCAACAGGUCUCCCCGGAUCAGCAUGUCUUGAUUGCGAUCCACGCGCUCAAAGACGAAGCUGCCAGCUUCGCAAGGUCCCUAGUUCACGCCGCCAACUGCAAUGAUGAUGCAGUUGCCUAUUCGUCAUUCACCUCCCUCGCCGAGUUCAUGAAAUUGCUACUCGAGCGAUUUGCGAAUGUCGCUCGCAACACCCAGUUGGUCGCCCUCUUCUAUAGAGCAAUGCCCGAAGCUUUUCGCGGGCACUUCUUCGCGAAGAGCGAAGACCCUGCCACCACUUACGAUUCCCUUAGCCGUGAAGUGGUGGCCUUUGAGGCAAAAUCGGUGGCAGUUUCCACCUUCUGGCACAAAGAUUUGGAUAAGGGAAAACAAUGGAAGGGCCGCACUAUCUCUGGGCAGGUGAAGACUAAGGAUAGCCUUGUCCUAACUUUGGAUGAGGAUAGUGUGGAUGAAAUCCCCUACGAGCAGAUUGAGUGGGGGUUAGAGGAAGAGGACAGAGGUGUGGGCCAGGGGAGGACUUACGCUGCUGUCACGGCUGGAGGGAGGCCGCAAGGAGGACGAGGCCAGGGCCAAGGGGGCCGGGCCUCAGGGAGCCGGUUUCAAGGCGAUCAAGGGGUUGGCGGUAGAGGAGGAAACCGCCAAGCGGGAGGCAGGGGUCAAGGUCCCCGCAAAACCGUCCUAGGAACAGGUCUCCCUAUAGGAUUAGUGAAGAAGGAGAAAUUGGAGGAACAGGUCUUUGUUGCCUAUGUUAGGCCAGUGACUGAGCCUACGGAGGAAAAGUCGAUGGACCCUACAAUUGCCAAGCUGCUGGAAGAGUUCAAGGAUCUAACUGAGCCGCCGAUAGGAGUAGUACCGCGGCCCAUCCAGCACCGUAUCGAGAUAGAGCCUGGUAGUACAACUCCUAAGGGUGCUGUGUAUAGAAUGUCCCCACGGGAGUUAGAGGAGCUUCGCAAGCAAUUAGACGAGCUCCUCGAGAAGGGUUGGAUUAGGCCCAGUUCGUCUCCUUUUGGAGCACCUGUUCUCUUUGUUCCUAAGAAAGAGGGAGAGCUGAGGAUGUGCAUAGACUAUAGGGGUCUGAAUGCUAUUACAGUAAAGAACGUUGAGCCACUGCCUAGGAUAGACGAUCUCUUAGAUCGAGUGCAGGGGGCGAAGUAUUUUUCUAAGAUAGAUUUGAAGUCCGGAUAUCAUCAGAUAGAAGUGCAUCCUGAUGAUCAGUAUAAGACAGCCUUCCGGACUAGAUAUGGGCACUACGAGUUCAUAGUGAUGCCCUUUGGACUAACCAAUGCGCCAGCUACAUUCCAGCGCUGUAUGAACGAUUUGUUUAGGCCAUGGUUAGACAAAUUCGUCGUAGUUUAUUUAGAUGACAUUUUAGUGUUUAGUAAGACCCUCGAAGAGCAUCAGGGUCAUCUCUGGCAGGUCUUGGAGAAGCUAAGGGAAGCUAACUUCAAGAUCAAUGCAAAGAAGUGCGAUUGGGCGAAAACCCAAGUUUUGUACUUAGGCCACGUCUUAGACGAAGACGGCGUUAAGCCAGAGGAUAGUAAAAUCGCAGCGAUUAGAGAUUGGCCUACGCCGCGUACGUUGACAGAGUUGCGGUCGUUUCUAGGCCUAGCCAACUACUAUAGGAAGUUCGUGAGGAACUUCUCCACCGUCGCUGCGCCCCUUCGCAGAUUGCUCAGGAAGGAGACCAUCUGGAAGUGGGAUAAGACUGCACCGAAGAUGACCGUUGGGUCUUUGAUAGGAGGAGGUGGGAUGGCGACGAGCAGGGGUUCGACAUGGGAGGAGGAUGAGGGAUGGAGGCGAGGAGAAGUUGGAGGAGGAGGAGGGUGGAGGCGAGGAGGAAGAGGGAUGGAUGGAUGGAGGGGUUGGAUAUGGAUCCAUGGAGGGGUUCGACCGAAGAUGACCGUUGGGUCUUUGAUAGGAGGAGGUGGGAUGGCGACGAGCAGGGGUUCGACAUGGGAGGAGGAUGAGGGAUGGAGGCGAGGAGAAGUUGGAGGAGGAGGAGGGUGGAGGCGAGGAGGAAGAGGGAUGGAUGGAUGGAGGGGUUGGAUAUGGAUCCAUGGAGGGGUUCGACCGAAGAUGACCGUUGGGUCUUUGAUAGGAGGAGGUGGGAUGGCGACGAGCAGGGGUUCGACAUGGGAGGAGGAUGAGGGAUGGAGGCGAGGAGAAGUUGGAGGAGGAGGAGGGUGGAGGCGAGGAGGAAGAGGGAUGGAUGGAUGGAGGGGUUGGAUAUGGAUCCAUGGAGGGGUUCGACCGAAGAUGACCGUUGGGUCUUUGAUAGGAGGAGGUGGGAUGGCGACGAGCAGGGGUUCGACAUGGGAGGAGGAUGAGGGAUGGAGGCGAGGAGAAGUUGGAGGAGGAGGAGGGUGGAGGCGAGGAGGAAGAGGGAUGGAUGGAUGGAGGGGUUGGAUAUGGAUCCAUGGAGGGGUUCGACCGAAGAUGACCGUUGGGUCUUUGAUAGGAGGAGGUGGGAUGGCGACGAGCAGGGGUUCGACAUGGGAGGAGGAUGAGGGAUGGAGGCGAGGAGAAGUUGGAGGAGGAGGAGGGUGGAGGCGAGGAGGAAGAGGGAUGGAUGGAUGGAGGGGUUGGAUAUGGAUCCAUGGAGGGGUUCGACCGAAGAUGACCGUUGGGUCUUUGAUAGGAGGAGGUGGGAUGGCGACGAGCAGGGGUUCGACAUGGGAGGAGGAUGAGGGAUGGAGGCGAGGAGAAGUUGGAGGAGGAGGAGGGUGGAGGCGAGGAGGAAGAGGGAUGGAUGGAUGGAGGGGUUGGAUAUGGAUCCAUGGAGGGGUUCGACCGAAGAUGACCGUUGGGUCUUUGAUAGGAGGAGGUGGGAUGGCGACGAGCAGGGGUUCGACAUGGGAGGAGGAUGAGGGAUGGAGGCGAGGAGAAGUUGGAGGAGGAGGAGGGUGGAGGCGAGGAGGAAGAGGGAUGGAUGGAUGGAGGGGUUGGAUAUGGAUCCAUGGAGGGGUUCGACCGAAGAUGACCGUUGGGUCUUUGAUAGGAGGAGGUGGGAUGGCGACGAGCAGGGGUUCGACAUGGGAGGAGGAUGAGGGAUGGAGGCGAGGAGAAGUUGGAGGAGGAGGAGGGUGGAGGCGAGGAGGAAGAGGGAUGGAUGGAUGGAGGGGUUGGAUAUGGAUCCAUGGAGGGGUUCGACCGAAGAUGACCGUUGGGUCUUUGAUAGGAGGAGGUGGGAUGGCGACGAGCAGGGGUUCGACAUGGGAGGAGGAUGAGGGAUGGAGGCGAGGAGAAGUUGGAGGAGGAGGAGGGUGGAGGCGAGGAGGAAGAGGGAUGGAUGCAUGGAGGGAUCCGACGUGGGAAGAGGAGGGAUGGAGGCUUGUGCUUGUAAAAGGAUGGUCCGAUUAUCUGGCAGAUGAUGCCAUGCUGUGGCCUUUUUCAGGCUUGGAAUUCAGAAGAGCACUGUCAGCUGCAAGUAAACAUGAGCGAAGGAGUGGGUUGCCGUCAACACAGCCAAUCUCGUAUCACAUGAUCACAGGCGGAAAACCGGGUGCAAGCUAUAAUGUUUGGGAUAAUUUCUGUGAAGGCAGAAACUAUGGGCGAAGAUUGAUCUUAAUGAGGUCCGAUCGACUUGUUUCCGGAGACUUCAAUGUGAAACAAUGCUUGAAUUUUGAAGGUACUUCCUAAAGUUGUGGCCCCGAUAACAAGCCACAAUUUAAGGAAAUGUACGGCCCACUAAAAGAGCACCCAGAUUCAUCCGACUAGAAAUGUUUAUACUCUAUUCUUUUCCACGGCAGGUAGGAGGAAAAACAAGCAAGACGGAGUACGGGAUGUAGCUAGCGGAAAUUAUAUGCCAGGCAGGCAGUACCGGGGUUGUCGUCAGGGGUGCUGUAUGGCGUCUUAUGGCAGGCUGGGUCUAUAGCCCCAAGCAUUUGUUGUUGGCCUCUGUAUGUCUCCAGAGUCCAAACUCACUGUAUAGACCGGGACGCUGGGCCCGGUUCCCAGCACGUGCUCCUCCCCACAAAUAAGACCGGAGCCAUCAACACAGCGAGCCCUACUGCGGGCCGGGGAUCUUAUCCCGGCAGGCAGUAGGAGUUCCUCCAGCUUAUGUUUUCUUUAAGAUGCUCGCCACACAGGCUGACAGCUGUCGGAAAAAAAAAUGAAAGUCGGCGGUCGACAGUUUCCCCCCCCUCUCCUUCGCCACAGGCUGUUGAGGCGCAAGGUUUUUUUUGGUCACGGCCAAAUGGACUCUGCCUGCCUUUCCACAGGGCACGGCCGUCACGGAACAGUGCCUGACCCUGACAAUGCAAUUUUGAACGCAAUUCUCGAAAGGCAGGUGGGUGGGGGACUUUCGAAUAAUUUCUGUCUGCUGCAGGCAGGCGGGAGGAAACGAAUGGGGGAGGGUGGCUGUCGAGCGUACCAUUCUGACACCUGUCAAAUGUUUUUUUGAGCCGCAAUUCUUCGAAAGUCUGUGUGGCGAUGCAAAAUUGUCGAAAACCUGGUCUUGGACAGCCUGUGUGGUGAGCCUGUAAGGGAAAAAAAAAAGAAAAAAAAAAUGGAUUGUCACAAUUUGUCACUUAUCAACUUUUACCAGACAUAUCGUCAUGACAAUUUUAAAUUCAUCUUCAGGGACGAAAAGUAAGUUGUCUUCAGGUCUGAAAUAAAAGUCCUUUUGACUC